CAUAAUUGAGCUCUGCCAGCACAGUGUGUUCUUGCGGUGGCUUUUGGUGCUGUGUGUUCGAAGUGUGUGCUCAGAAUACGACCGCAAAGUGAGAAACGCGUCAUCAAGGAAUAAGAAUUAUUACUCAUCUGCUCGCAGACAGACGCCGGCACCGGAAGUAGUAGCGGAAGGAAGGAAGCGGUAUCCGAUCGAUCAACAUCGAAGAAGGCGAGCUCUUCAGAGACGAACAACGGCAGCUGCAAUUGAAUAUUUUCCAUCGAUCGAAAAUAUUCAUCUUGCGGUGUGUAACGAGUACAGGCUCGCGGAAGGAAACAUGUCGGAUUCGUCACAGGAUUGCAGCCCAGCGCUCUGUGUGUCGCUGGUCCACUUCUUGUGCCACUGAGAGGUCGGAACCAAGCGCUCCUAGCAGAAAACGUUACGGCGCCUCUAUCCGCGGUAGAAUUUUCCCCACCCCCUGAUAGUCAUACAAGACGGGCUGAAGAGAAGUUCGAAUCGAACAACGAUAGGUGUUUGUUGGUAGUGCAGUGAGGAUUUGUGCUUUGUGUGCGGGUGGAACCAUUCGGAAGACCAUGAAACCACCAAGCGCUGACAUGUCCUCAGUCACUAGUAAUAACAACAAUAACAACAACACCACUCACGGUAUCCGAGCAUCAGCAGCAGCUUCUUCUGCGACUGGGACUUGUAAUACUAUUGUACAUAGUUACGCUAACGUAUGCAGUGGCAUAAGUGGAACUGGUCCAGGAGGUGGAGGACCAUCGGGGACAAGUAGCAGCAGUGGAAGUAGUACGACUACUCCUACACACACCGCUAGCGCGAGUGGUUCUACAGUGGCCGGAGUGACACAGACCGGCAAUCCCAACGGCACCGGCGCUGGGAACAGUCCCAGCUGUUUUAUCAAACCGUCGCUUUCGUUAAAUUCGUUGCCACCGCAAGGACCUCCGGACGGAUCGGAGAUGGCCCAGCAUCGGCUUCGUAUAGACCGACCUUACAACAGUCUAAAGAAAAAGCGAGACACAGAGCGUGAACUGUGGCGAAGAUCGUGGGGCAGUGGACACAGCCACAGCUCGUGCAGUCUGCAAAGCAGCACCACCAACACCGGGCUCGGAAAGGACGAUUUCUGGGCGGCUUUGCAGACAAACUAUAACUUUAUCAUGGACACCAACCUGCUCGACAGCUGCCGGGAGGCACGCGGCGAAAUAGAAGGAUCGGUCUUCCGGGAUGACCUGGAGGAUGAUGUGAACUGUUGCCGAAAGGCACUUUUCAAACCCGCACAAACGCACCGGUUCUACGGUGAUCCGCGUUUGCUGCGUCAGUGGAUCAAAGAGAUGGAGAACCGAGUGGCCAGAGUACCAUCGGUAACGGAAACCAAGAGACUGAGCAUCGAGCAGCUUCAGAAGCUUGCAGUGGAACACGGGGAAAUUUAUCGUGAAAUCAAAUCGAACUCCCGGGCAGUAGCAGCUUGCAUUCGUAGCUUCGAACGUGACCGAAAGUCUGCCUCGACUGCAUCCGGCAAGGGAUCCCGCACACCGGAGGUCGAAGCAUCGCUCGGAAGCAGCAACACAAACAGUGGCCAUAGUAGCAGUACCGUAGGAGGAUCAGCACCAGGAGCAGCUGGCGAGUGUAGUAAAGGCAAGGAGAACGGAGGUGGCGUGAAAGGCUUGGAACGGCGCUACCAUCUGCUCUACUUGAAGGCGUUCGAGAUACAGUGUCUGUUGGAAGGAUUACUUGACAGUAAGACCUCGAGCUCAGACAAUAACGCCAGCUUGUCGGACACGGACGAGGAGCCCGCUAAUAAACUAGCCCGUGUGAGCACCUCAAGCUUAAAAUCGGAAGGUUCCAUCCAUAAUGAAACAUUGAGCAAUGAAGAAUGGGUUAAGGUAAAGAAACUCUCCAACGCUGGUUUCGAUGCCGAUUCUGAGGGCAGCGAUAGUGAAAUUGUGCCGAAAAUUAUUGCCUACAGUGGUACGGGCAACGCCUACAAUAACAACAGCAAUAACCAGCAGCAGCAGCAGCAGCAGGAUAAUCAGUUCAUCUUCCCGGUUCCGGGCAGUAGUAAUAGUAGCAGUGGUCUAGCAACAACAAAAUUGUCGCCAAACUCGGGCAAUUUUAUGAUGGAAGCAGACAUCAACAAUCUUUCGAUAGGCACGAUUAUUUCCGAUGACACGACGCUGACGACGACUUCCAGUAGCGUGAAACAGGCAGCGGCAGAGGAGGUUGCCGUCUUGCUGAAGGAGAACAUUCUCAACAAUAACAACAACGCUAGCAUUGAGAGUGCCAAGUCGGCCGGGUUUGACAUGGUUGACGGUACCGCCCUGCUCAGCAGCACCUUGGACACGGUGAACAACAACGGAAAGGUUGUAAAUGGCGGCGUCGCAAAGGACCUCAGCACCGACGCCAACGGUGUUGCUUCACCGAGAGAGUUGGUUUCGCCGCAAAAGUUGAAGUCGAACUCGGCGAAAGGAUUGCAGAAGGUAAAAGGAUCCGCUGCGUCCCAUAAACAGAAGCGCUCGAAAGUGAGCGAUUCGUCCAAGUUUAACCGUUCGAAUCGGAAAUCGAAAAACUGUGCCACGUUCUACUUCAAGCAUCUGGAAACUGACUCGGAGCUGAACAAGGACUCGAGCGAGCGCACCAAAUCCGAUGAAUCAUCCGCCGGCACAUCCUCCGCCACGGCAUCCUCUUCCGAAGGGGACGACGAGUGGGUCUACAACAAUGGCUCGGCGGAGGAAGGUGAUGAGGCGUCCUCCCGUCAGCGGGAGAAGAACGCUCUGAACAACAAGUCGGCCAACGUUGGCGAUGGCGAAGAGGAAAAGGAAAACAAACCGGACACGAUAGAGAACACCCUGAACAAGGAAGAGCUCGGAAACGGUGCCUUACCGUCCGGACAACCGAAGUCGAAAAAGUGCCUUGAUUUUUCGCGCGAAGACGCGAAGCGAGGAUCGACGGCGGCGGGAGGACGCAAUGGUGGUGGUGGACGAUCGCUGAUGAUGACGUCGAUCGGAAGCUUUGGGAAGAGCACGGACACUAGUGCCAAUGGUGGUGGAAACGGUGCAAAGCAGCAGCAGCAACAUCAUCAACACCAGUACCAACAACAACAUCUGAACCAGCAGCAGCAGCACCCACCGCAGUAUGCAACCAGCUCGAUCCAAAGGUUAGUGCUGCAUGCCGAGACGCUAGUGCGUGACGAAAUUUUGGCGAAAAACGCAGCCGCUGCAACCGCCGCCGCCGCCGCCGCCGCUGGAGGUGGCAGCACACCGAAAACGGUAGUGAAAAAUCCCCACUAUUAUCACCAUCAUCAUCAUCACCACCAUCACAACUAUAGUAGCAGCAACAACAGUGGCAGCAGCCAUCACCAGCAGCAGCAGCAACAACAGGCCUCGUCGUUACCAUCGCUGUCGGGGGUCACCGCCGCCUUGGGCGUGAUGGGACCGAUCGCGCAACACGAACCACACUCGCGGCACGGAGCGAAGGCUCAGAGCCAACAUCAUCAUCAUCACCAUCAUCACGGUCACGGUCGAAAGGCGGAGAAAGCCAUGAGCAAUCUGAAGAUGAAUCUAAUCGAGGAAUGGCUCGAGAAGCAACCGCUCGAUGCACCGGUGGCAGCACCGAUCCUACCGGCGUCCGUCCCAACCACCGACUGUGAGGCCUCGGGAGAGUACACCGACUCGUCGGAUUCGAUCACGCGCGACACGGACAGCUCGGAAGGGCUAGCGAACUCCGUGGCCACCUGUCUGCAGGGCGAACAAACGCAGACGUCCCAGGAAGUGCUGAACGAUGGGACCUCCUAUCCGUCGGAAAACUCUAACGACGACGAGGGUGUGGCGACGGAUUCGAAAGGCGGAAGCUCCACGGCGAUGGCGACGGCUCUUUCGAGCCCUUCGCUACCGGCGACGGUGGCGGGCGGUGCGUCGACUGUGACGACGGUGGUGAAGCGUAGACCGCACCGUUCGGCCGCCGACCGACCGUGGUCGGUGUCGUGCAUGUCGCAGCUCAAUUCCUCCACAGUGGAAAUCAAUCAAUACGGUGGUGGAAGUGGCGAACUGACUGAAGGUGCCACGGACGGUAACCACCAUCCAGUUAACGGAGGAGGCGACAAUAAUGGUGGUGGUGGUGGUGCCGGUGGUAGCGCACAACCAGCAAUGGCGUCGUCGUCGCCGUCCGGUGGCAACGGACGACCGCUAACGGAUCAUCGAAACUUUUCCAUCAGCGAAUCGGCACUGAACACGAUGGCGGCCCGUGGCGCUGGCGGCAUCGUCAGUGGUUCGUCGAUGGUUGGCUCGCGUGGCAGCAUGAAGCCCACGUCCAGUCAGCAAACCGUCGUCCGCAAUUCCGAAAGCAAAGGCUCGCUCAAGAAGCGCAAGCUACGGCCGCGACGCAAGAAUCGUAUCGAUGAGUCCGGGUCGGAUGAGUCGCAACCACCGCACCACAGCUCGUCCACCUUGCAUUUGCUUCAACUGCUGCAGUACAACGCGCUCACGGGCGCAUCCGGGCAUCCGCUGCGAGAGAUCCAGCUUUCCGGCACGGGAGGAAGCAACAGCAGUGGGGGGGCCGGCGUAGCGGUAGGGUCGGCCAGCGGCAGCCGGCGGUUGCUAAAGUCGGAAUCGUUCUCCGGCCGGUUGCGGUUGUCCGACGACUUGAUCACGCUGUCAUCGCUCUCCGGAUCCUCCUCUCGAAAGUCGUCCUCCGUGCGGCCGACGACGACCAGAUCGACGAAGAAAUCGCAGGACAGCGAAGAGGAGUUCGGUGGCUGUACGAUGGCGAAGCCCGAGUUCCGAAUCGGUUCGCUCACGCGCACCCGCUGCGGCAGUCUGAAUCUAGGAUCAUUAGCGGCACUCGCUAAUUAUAAUCUAGAUGGCGUGGAGAAGAUCGAGGCCGAUCUGAACGGCACCGGUACGGGCACGGAGGAGAUGAGCAGCUUUUCCGAGCAGGCGUGGGACAACUACCAGGAGAAGUACAUGUCGGAGCCGUAUUCGGAGGAUCGGGAUACGGAUGCUGCCCGACGGUUGCUCGACUUUGGGGACGACUACCGCAACUUUAUCGACUCGCAGUCGGACUGUGCGUCGUCGUCAUUGUCGGCAGCGAACAUGGAUUCAAUGUCACCGCCACGCUUCCGUCACAAGUCGGAAUCGGCGAACAAAUCGGACGCCAAUACAAACUCGUUUAAUCGUCGCAAGCGCUUGGAUGAGUACCGUAUGGACGAUCGAUAUGGUAACAAUAUGAACUCGUGGUCAAGUAAAUCUGGUAGCCCACCGCAGUCAACGACGAACGUUGGUGGACGGAAGCACGGGUCGCUCGCCUUCCUGGACGUUACUCCGCUUGCCCCGAUGCCCGAAUCGAUCGCCGGCGGAAGCGCUAGCAUCGGUGCCGUUGGCGGAGGAAAUGGUAGCGGUGGCGGUGGCGGCGCUCGGCGUCGAUCGCUGCGUUCGGUGGACAAGCACAAUUCGGCCGCGUUCGUCCGUUCGGUAUCGCACGAAACGAGCAGCAGCUCCAACAACGAGUUCGACGAGGACAUGGAGGCUGGCGUGAAGAAGCUGCUGGUGCAGAACAAAAUCCGCUUUGCCAACACCGAAGCACUGAAGGCCAAGUGCCACCUGUUGAAGCCGGACGACUACAGCGAAAUCAUCAGCACGUGCCGGGAGAAUGUACGGUGCCUCGAGUCGGUGCUACGCUGCCAGCCGGGUACGGUGCUGACUGCUGCCAAGUGCCAAGAUUUGCGAGAUACCAUCGUCUGCUGGGAGGGCCUGCUGGAUUGGAGCGAGCGGAGGGUGAUCAGCAAUCAGUUCCUGGCCGACAUACAGCUGCUGAGGGGCGUGCUGGAGGAGCUGGGCAGCAAAACGUUCAACAUUUGCUCGGAGUCGCACAUUCAGCUGGCAAUCGAUCAGUUGAAGAAUGAGCACAAAGUUUUGCAGAACCAACGGCCGAAGAUGCUGACACUGAACGCGACGGUGCACAACUGGGUGUCGAACCAAGAGCAGCAGCGCAAGGAACUGCUCGACCCGACGGUCGACGCCCGGCUCGAGCAGCUGGAGCGUGAGAAGAACUUUGUCCGGUGCGUUGGUGGCCGGUGUGGUGAGUGCUACGAUUGUCUGAACGAUAUCCGGCUGGAUACGUCCGUCAAUCGCGAGCUGAAGGAUGGUAUUACCAACCUCUACGGUACCUGGGAUGAAGCGGAAGUGCGUAUAAGAAACCGCAUCGAAAAUCUGACCACCUCCAUGAUGACCUGGAAGCAGCUGGAGGAUGGUCUGAGCGAUUUUCGUGACAUUCUGGAUCGGGAUCGUGGAAAACUUCAAGGCAUUGAAGGUGCCCUCCAGAGUGGUGGCGGUGCGACCGAGGAGAUCGUGAAAAGCGUGAAGGAGGUGGUGAAGGCCCUCUCCGAGAAGGUGGACCCACUUUUUCACGAGCAGCAGCGCCAACAACAGCAGUCCGGUUCGAACGAAUUGGAUUGCUUUCAGCAGCAGCAGCAAGAACAAUUGUUACAGCAAGAGACGACGAGGGAGCAUCAACUGCUUGCGGCGUGCGUUAAGCUCUCGUCGAACGGUUCUCUGUCUGAUAGUGGCAUUUCCGAUGGUGGUGGCAUGUCUGAUGGCAGUCUUUCGGAGCGCGAACGGAGGUUGAGUGCGCUGAAGCGGUUGGUCAAGCAGCUGGAGGUGGCGCUUGCACCGGGCAGUGACGCAAUGCAGACCAUUACCAAGCGGCUCGAGAUGGCCGAACAUGAUUUGCGCUCACUGCAGAGCACCUGCCGGAAGAUUAUCAUGAACGAAAAGAACCACCAGGAGCAGCUGCAGCUACAGCAGAGGGAUCGUUCGGCGGCAGCGAGUGCCCAGCAGGGUAAGGACGCCGCCGAUGGGAACAAUAAUAACAACGUGUCGGUGAAGAACAAGAAUAAGAAAUCACCUUCACGAAAAAAGAAUCGCAAUCGAUCCGGAGCGUCGUCAUCGGCCAACUCGGCUGAUGUGACGGAAGCCGAAGACGAUGCCGAACAGUUGCUGCAGCUGCAAAGCCAGGAGCAAUCGGAACUUCAGCGCGAGCAUCUACUUUCGCUGCAAAAGUCGGCCCAGCUCGGCAUCGUGCAGACGACCAAGUUGAAGCUUUCGCAAAACCGAUGGGUCUGGCGCAUCACCAAGAUUGCCGUUCCGGUUCAGCUGGCCCUGGUGCUCGUCAUGUGUGCGGCUUGCUUCUUCGAGCCGCACUGCUGCGAUGCGCUCAACACGUACACGAUGAGCUUUACGCCACAGCUGCGCUACAUGAAGGGUCCGCCUCCGAUUUAGGAGACGCCUCACGGGGGGUCAACCCUGAUAAUGCAUUCGUAGGAAGAGGGGGUCUUCCACGAGUGCGAGUACACGAUUUUAAUCAUUUGGAUAGAUUUUUUAUAUCCUGGAGAUAUAACGAUGGUUGAUUAGUUACUAACAAUCGAAAGGCCAAAAACCCGCAUCACGCCAUCGAUCGAUGGCGGUCGGCGUUUUGGCUGCAAUAUUUUCUACUCUCUAUUCCUCUACAUAUAUGCUUUCAUGGCGUUCUUCCUACGUUAAUUAAUCUACGUCAUUUUUUUUUUCUCUAGCCCCUCAUUAUACUUUAACAGAUUGUUUAUUUUUCUUAUCUAUAGGCGGGUUGGUUUAGGAAACCACCGCACGAAUCUUAUCCUUAUUUUAUUUCAAUCUUCCUAGCUUUUAUUUAUUAGUGUGUUAGUAAGUUUCGAUGCAAUGUACAAUAUUAUCCCUCCACCACGCGCGGAAGGGACACCGUUUCGUACGAAUUGUACUAUAAUUGAGUUAUCUUCUAUAAACUAAAAUACUAACCGCUAAGAACUUACGGCAGAACUUACGAGUUGAUGCGUAGAAUUAUUCUUCUAUUAUUUUUCAUUUCAUACAUUUCUAUUUGGUUCAAUAUACUAAGCAUUGAAAAGUUCACCGUCUUAAGAAUAUCUACUUGUUCCAACGAAUGUUGGAAGAUUACUAACGAAAAGCUUUGGAUACCGAUAUAACAGGCGACGCCAGUGGAGAAGAAUACUGAAUUUAACUUAGAGCAGCGAAUAUAAAAAGUGCCUUGAAACAGUCUCAGUAAAUCCUUUUUUGUUAUUUUACCAUCCAAUCGUACACAUACAAUUACACAGAAAGACUGUUAAGUAGGGGCUAGUAGCCUCCACAGCUUAACUUAAAAUAUCCGUUCGCAAGGACGAAAACCGCAUUAAAAUAGCUACGCAUUAAUCUACUAAUAGCAUAACGAAAAGUAAGGUGUUCAACGAGAAAAAUCUUUUUAAAAAAAAUACUGCCAUCAUCUUGGUUCGCUACUUAUCGUUAACUUACAUACGUACUUUAUGUUCGUUUCUCGAUGUUUUGUAAGUAUUCCCCACCUAAACACGAAGGGACCCCUUCCGGUGGUUUACGUUUAUCAGUGUAUAUUUUGCUCAAGAAAACAAGGCCUCCUAGGUCGAGCUUUUGUUCGUCCAAAACGCCGCCUACUAAUGAAUAUGUGUUACUAAUGCAUUCUCGGUCAUUUUUGAUGUGCGUACCUUAUACCACUACUAUCUUACCCCGGUGUAAUAUGUUGUUCGUGGAUUAGUUGGUUAACCUGUAACACUUGUUUUCUUUUCCCCCUUUCUUGAGCGUUCCUGCGGGGAAGUAUCCUUUUGCUCCAUUCAUUCCUUGCUCUCGAUUGUUUGUGCACAAAAAACGACAAAUAGGAGAUAAGGAUUUGAAACCUAAGGAUCGUGUCUUACCCAAAUUGUCCCAAUUGCUACCGUUUCCGGUAUAUGAUACAAGGUCGAUGGUCAUGCGUUGGAGGGGGGACCAUUUGUUUUUUCUUUCCAUAGCUUAAGUCGGUGAAAAACACAAUAACAGUACAUUAGGAGCAAGUUUGCAAGGUGAAUAAUAUUUUUUAUUCCUAGGAAAACUUCGCUUCCAUCUUAGAGCGUAAGUGGCGUAAGUGCAGAUUAAAGAGAAGGAGCAGAAAUUGCGGAAUAAAUAUUUUACAUAUU